UGGAAAGCGCCGAGCUCCAGUUUGGGAAGUGUGGGAAGCUGCAGCUGUGGAUGGCGAAUAAACAAAACCACGUGGAGGAUUUCUCGAAGUCCGAUUAAGUCACAGAUGGAUGAGCUGGAUGCCCUGCAGCAGAGGUGUCUCCUGAAUCUCAGACAGAGGAUCCGUGAUGUAGAAGCGGCACGUCAACAGGAAGUCUGCACCAGGCUCCUCAAGGACGGAGACACACUCAGUUACCACGGAAACUCUGAAGAGGUCGGUUGCUACGUGGCUGGUAUCCCUUUAUCAAAAGGGAAUUGCUAUUUUGAGGUUACUAUAGUGGACACUGGAGUGCGAGGGACCAUCGCUGUGGGUUUGGUGCCUAAGUUCUAUCGUGUGGACCAUCAGCCCGGUUGGCUCCCAAACUCUGUGGCGUAUCACGCCGACAACGGCAAGUUGUACAAUGGAAAUCCUGUAGGACAGCAGUUUGGUCCUAAGUGUUCUCGAGGAGAUCGGAUUGGCUGUGGAAUUCACUUUGACAAUAUUGAAACCAGCAUCGCAAACGUCUUUUUUACUAAGAAUGGAAAAGAGGUGGGAUCGGUGGAGGUAGGGGUCAGUGCAGAGGGCCUGUUCCCCGCUGUAGGGAUGCACUCUCUGGGGGAGGAGGUGAGGGUUCACCUGGGAGCACAGUGGAGCCUGGAGGAAGAUGAAAGCGCCAUGAUGGUGGACAGCCACGAGGACGAGUGGGGACGAUUGUACGACGUCAGAGCCAGUGGGAUGGUGCUGGAGUACGUGGGCAAAGGGAAGAGCAUCAUGGACGUGGGUUUGGCUCAAGCUCGCCUCCCUCUGUCCACGCGCUGUCAUUACUACGAGGUGGAGAUCAUCGAUGCAGGAGAGAAAUGCUACAUCGCUCUGGGACUAGCGAGGAAAGACUACCCCAAGAACAGACACCCGGGCUGGAGCAGGGGGUCAGUGGCGUACCACGCAGAUGACGGCAAACUGUUCCAUGGCAGUGGAGUUGGAGACGCGUUUGGUCCUCGCUGUUUUAAAGGAGACAUCAUGGGCUGUGGCAUCAUGUUCCCACGAGACUAUAUCCUCCAUGAGCACGCUGAAGCAGAUGACCCAGAGCCUGCGCCCGUCCAAAACAUGCUGUAUCUGAACGAGGACGAGGAGGAAGAGGCGGAGCAAGGACAGGAAGUCACCAGGGUCACAGUCUUCUUCAGCAGGAACGGGAAGCUGAUGGGGCGCAGGGAGAUGGUGGUGCCCCCUGGAGGACUCUACCCAACAGUGGGCAUGCUGAGCUGUGGAGAGAAGGUUAAAGUGGAUCUUCACCCACUCAGUGGAUGAACCUGGACCAAACCUGGGCUAAACCUGGACCUAAACUUGGACUAAACCUGGACAUAAACCAGGGUCUUAAAGUGCAUACGACAGGUUUUCACGUUUUUCUAAUUCUGACUUGGUUUGGUGGCUAGUACCUGUAUGAAAUAUUUGUAAUAGUUUUACAUCAGCCAAGUGACAGUUUGUUCAAAAACAGUUGAAGAAAAAUCCAGGAAGUAGUGUUGAAUUCUAAAACAGAAUCCCUCUACCUUUGUUAUCAACACAGAAAGCUCCAUCUAAACUGUAUGCAGAAGGAAGGCAUUUAUCAGUCUAAGUAUAACUAUUGUUCAGUUUUGGUCCUUGUUUACAUUAUGGUUGCUAGUUAAUGGUCACCAAAUUCCCUGUACGUGCUGUCUGUGUCAAACUUCACCACAUCAAAAGCUCAAAUCUUCAACAUCAUUAUAGUAACUUUGUUUGGUGAAAUGAGUCUAUUUGUCUAAUUAGUCUAACCCGUCGAAUGCACUUUAACCUGGACCUAAGUUUGGACUGCAGUAUGGUCCUCCAAAUGUCUGCCUGGAGCACUGGUCUGGACACACACUAACACCACAUGACAUGUGAGGCAGGUUUCUGUAGUCUUCCAGCUCGUCUGUUGAAAUGCCUGUAAUACUCAACUCUCUGCUAACUCUGUCCCCUGAUCAAGACUAUAAACACACUCAUGGAUCUGACUAUGAUUUUACUUUUAAAGGAGACAUAUUGUGCUUUUAGGAGCUUUUAAACAUGUUCUUCUCUGAAGUAUUUAGAGUGAUUCAUGCAUGUUUGAGUCAUCUUUAUUCUCCUGUAGUCAAGACAUCAUUGCUCCUCUAGCCCCCUACACGCCCACUGUGACGUACUUACUUUGUUCUCCAAUUUGACUUUCUUUGUCAGUGAUACGCGUAAGAUUUGAUCACAUCAUUUUGGUACAACUGAAAAUAAAAAUCAUUUACUCACUAGAGUGAAGUGCAGCUCUCCACAGGAGGGGCCCACAGCCUGCGGCGCUUUGUUGUCAUGACGUUUACGACCACGUCAACUCCACUGGGGACCACAGUUUUCUAACGCACAAGUCAGACGACUUGUUUCUUUUACUACGUUGUUUUAGAUCAAUAUUACAAUUUAAAAUAGCCAAAUGAUAACAUAAUGAUCCACAGGUGUCAAAGAUUAUAAGUACAGAGCACACACAAGCACAUAUGUCUGCUUUAAACUAUAUAUGAUAAAACUUAAAACUAAAAACUUAUCUGCAUUCUUUUUUUUUCCUGAUUAAGGAGGACAGGACAUUAGUGGAGGGUUUUGUACUUUAAAAAAAAAUAAAUAAAAAUAAGAGAUGUUCUUUGCCCUCUGCCAGGAAGACACUGCCCUCUUGUGGGCCAUCAGGGACAUACAGCUUCAUAAAUACCACACGUCUAAAUAACAGGGGUGGGACGAGACACGAGUCCAUGAGAUUGAGACAACCCCCCCUCAGCUGUUAGGGACGCAGACAGAGGAGGAGCACUUCUGUCUUCUUUAUCACUUUAAACUAAGUUAUUAUGGGUAAAAAGGCCUAAAUAUCUCUUUGUGGAUCUUUUUCAAACAAAGUUUAAGUGUGAAAAACACCACAUGUUCCACGCUGUGAAUUAAACACACAUAGAUUUGAUCAUAUUAUUGUUGAUUAUUUGCGUCACCAUUGUGUCCCAUUAGUUUGAAAAAGUGGGUCUGAGUUUGAAGUGUUUUCUGUCUGAAUGUGGAGGCUCUUACAGCUACAGCUGCUCUAAGACGCACACGAGAUCUCGUCCCAUCCCUACUAAUUAUUUUCUGAAUUUAAAACUAUGCUGAUAAAAUCUAUAUUGCCAUAUUAUAAAGUCAGAUUAGAAGUAUUUUUCUACACAAAAUAAUGCUCUAAACCUAACAUGAGUUUAAUGCUGUAUCAGGGAAUGUGUUCAGUGCACUUUGAUGAGCUCAAACUAACAGUGACAUGAUCAUUGUUGUGGUGCAAUUUCCAAAUACACAAUAUUUACACAAUAACACAAUAUUUCACCUUUUUUCCAUUUAAACUUUCUUUUAUUGGAAUUGUUCAUUUUAAAUAGCUCACCUUAAAAUUCAAACUAUUUGCUUUGGAUCAGAAAUGGUGAAAUAGAAAAUAAUGACAUAAUACAUUUAUUUAAAGAUGCACUGUGUAUCUUUUCUAGUGGCUGCUUGUCUCCAUGGAGAUGUCAUUGCUUUGCCUGAGAUGUUCUACAGUAUGGCUUUAAAUUUAGCUUGUAUUUUUCAUUACACAUUUUUAAAAUGGUCAACAAUAAAAAGUCUAUAUAAUAAAUAAAUAAAUAUAAAUCUAUAUAUCAAUAUAUAUCUAUAUUGUAACUUGGCCUGGUGAUGUCAGGUUUCCAUGGAAAUUGCUAGGUUUAAUGCCAUACUACAGAACAUUUCCAUGGAGACAAGCAGGUGGCAAACCCUCCACAGAAAAGUUUCAGAGCGCAGCUUUUAAGGUUUCAUAUUUGAAGUGCUUCAAUCAGGUUUGUAUGUUUGUCUUUAACCCACUUUACCUGAGUCCCUUGUGUUUUUGAGACAAUCCUAAACUUAAACUUGAGCCAAUACAAAAGCUUUUCUUCAUGUUUACUGAUCUGCAGGUUUUCCACACAUGCUGAAAUACUAGUACUAGAGUUUACUGUGCCAUUUGAAGUUGUUUUUUUGUUUGUUUUUUUAAUUGAUGUGAAUUGUCACAUAUUUUGUUUGUGGAAAGAAAACUGUUAGUCGCUGCUGGAUAUUUCAAGAAAAUGAAAAAAAUGUACAAAGUGAUGUGGGACGCAUCUCCAGAUGUUGAGACACGUCUACCUGAGCUGGAGGAUUUCACCUGUUUGUUCAUGUGGGAAAUCUGAGUAAAUCCACGGAGACACAGGAAGAACAUGCAAACUCCACCCGAGAAUUGAACCUGGGACCUUCUUGCUGUGAGGCAAUGUUUUCAGCAGCUAUUGAGCUUUUUGUUUCAUGUCUUGUUUGUCAAAUUGCUUUAACUGUAAAUCAUAAAUCGGAGCUUAAAGACGGGGUAUUAUGCAAAGUCCAAACUUUCUCCCACCUCAUCAAAAACACACCUGAAGAGUUUGUUUAAAUAUGUCAUCCCUGCAUGUUCGACUCAUUUAGCGAUCUGUCGCGAGCCCUAUUUAAAUGUAGUUAUUAUGAUGAAGUGAGAUUCAGGAGCAGGACCACGCCUCAGCCGCCCUCUCCUCUCACCAGCGAACCACAACUCACCUCCACCAUGCCUCCAAUUUCCCAGAAGUCGAUAUGUAGCAGCCUUUCCCAUCAUCCCAGUUUGUCUCGGCGAACUCGACCCCACCCUCCCAUCCCCUGUUUUGUCUUUCAGUCAUAAGACCCCUACAAGGGGGGUCCCAUUCCAGCUGGGCUAAUUGUAGAUUGAGACGGAGCCCCCACCCAUAGUCUCAACCAGCCAUCUCUGCCCCGCUUAGUACAUUAUCAAUAAACUUCUUCGCACUAUGUCGUUGUUGGCGUGGUCCUAGCUAGUGAAACCUUUCUUAUGGUUAGCUGUAAGAUUCUGUACAAGGCUCCGCCCACAAGCCGGCGUCGCCCGUGCUCCAACACGACAAGUCUCCACAAAUAUACAAACAUCUGAUCCAAAACUGUUCACAACAACUGGACACAGCUGAUGUGAUGUGCUCGAGUUUCAUUUCGGGAUACACACUGAUUGUGUUGUGAUAGUGCUCUGAAGGGGGUGUGACUUUACACCGAGAGCAAAGGGAAACUCAGAGCAGUAAAACUAAAAUCUGUUUGGUGAAUAUAGCAUUUUCAAAACAAAAGGUAACAUGGUGAUGUAGAUAUGUGAUGUGUUGCGGUUAAUACCCCACACACUCAAAUAUCCCCUCUUCACGUUCUUCACUUGUGGUCACAUUUUUAAAUAUUUAUACCCUUGUUUAGAUUAUUACUUCUACUUCAGUAAUAUUAUUUGAGUAACAAAAUACUUGAGUAUAAUUGUUGGACACCAGCACUUGUGGUGAUUCAGGUUUGUCACGGUUAAACCAAAAAACAACUAAAUCUAAUCAAGUUUUUGCAGAAUAGUUUUGCUUCUUGACUUGCACUUUUAUGGCCUUGUUCAGAUGCAUGUUCUUCACCAAUAAAAUCUACUAAACUAAA